CUCAGAAUCCUUGGUCUUCCGACACGCCUGGCGGGAAGAUGUCAUCAUUGCCAAGAAGAGCAAGAGUACAGGUCCAGACUGCAAUAUCCAAAGAUGAAUUUUCUUCCUUUUCUGAAUUAUCAUCUGCUUCUGAAGAAGAUGACAAGGAAGAUAGUGUCUGGGAGCCCCAAAGGAAAGUCCCCAGAAGCCGUAAGCAGUCUGCUCCCAAGGAAUCCAAACCAAAGAGGGUACCUCGAAUGAAGAAGAGUACCCCACAGAUCAGUGAUGAUUCACAAAGUGUGACUGUUAAGGAGGAGCUGAAUAACUCUGUGGCUAUUGCUGAUGCUAAUUUGGAAGACAGAAAGCAAAUUGUACAGACUCAGAAAACAGUGAAGACAAAACGGAAAAAUUUAGUCCCAAGGACCAAAAAGCGGAAAUGUGAUGAAGAAACCAGCAAAGCCGGCAACUUAGAUACUGGAAGUAACAGCACAGAGACACCAUCCACAAGCACCGUAUGGGAAGGUGCAUGCAAGAAGGAAGAAAACGAAGAUGACUUUACAUUCAGUCAAUCUCCUUUAAAGAAAAUGAAAACUGAAAUAUGUCCUCAGGGGCAGCCUGUCAAAUUUCCAGCAAAUGCCGACAGUAUUAAAGAGGAGGUAGAAAUGAACUGGGACAUAGUACAGGUUUUAUCUGAGAGAACUAAUAUUGAACUUUGGGUUUGUGCCAACAUCAUUCGUCUCUUUAAUGAUGAUAACACAAUUCCCUUCAUUGUACGUUAUCGAAAAGAGCUCAUUAAUAACCUUGAUGCUGAUUCCUUGAGAGAAGUUCGGCAAACCCUAGAGGAACUACGGGCUGUUGCAAAGAAGGUUCAUGGUACAAUACAGAAAAUUAAGAAGGAGGGAAAGAUGUCUGAUUGCUUGUUAAAAGCCUUGCUAAACUGUAAAACUUUUGAAGAACUGGAACAUGUGUCUGCUCCGUAUAAAACUGGGAGCAAAGGCACCAAAGCCCAGAGAGCAAAACAGUUGGGAUUAGAAAGAGCAGCCUUGACAUUGCUUGAGAAUCCAGGGGAGCUCAAUCUGCUAUCUUACAUUAAACCUGAUGUUAAAGGGCUUUCAGCACUCCAGGAUAUUGAAACAGGAGUGCAGCAUAUUUUAGCAGACAUGAUUGCUAAAGACAAAGACACACUUGACUUCAUUCGCAAACUAUGCCAAAAUAGAUACAUUUGUAUCCAGUCAUCUCUGGCAAAAGUGUCCUCAAAAAAGGUAAAUGAGAAAGACAUUGAUAAGUUUCAGCUCUACCAGAAUUUUUCAUGCAACAUAAGAAACAUCCAACAUCAUCAGAUUCUGGCAAUUAAUCGUGGAGAAAAUUUGAAGAUAUUAACAGUCAAGGUCAACAUUCCUGAUGGAGUGAAGAAUGAGUUCUGUAGAUGGUGCAUCCAAAACAGGUGGAGACCACGUGGCUUUGCAAGGCCAGAGUUAAUGAAGAUCUUAUAUAGUUCCCUGGAUGAUUCCUUUAAACGCCUUAUUUAUCCUCUCCUCUGUAGAGAAUUCAGAGCCAAACUAACAUCAGAUGCAGAGAAGGAAUCAGUAAUGAUGUUUGGACGGAACCUCCGUCAGCUUCUUUUAACAAGCCCUGUUCCAGGACGCACCUUGAUGGGAGUAGAUCCUGGUUACAAACACGGUUGCAAAUUGGCUAUAAUUUCUCCUACCAGUCAGAUACUUCAUACUGAUGUGGUUUACUUGCACUGUGGGCAAGGCUUCCGAGAGGCAGAGAAAAUAAAGAAGCUUUUGCUGAAUUUCAACUGCAGCACUGUGGUGAUUGGAAAUGGAACUGCCUGCCGGGAAACAGAAGCUUAUUUUGCUGACCUGAUAAUGAAAAAUUACUUUGCACCACUGGAUGUUGUUUACUGUAUCGUCAGUGAAGCAGGAGCAUCAAUAUACAGUGUCAGCCCUGAGGCUAACAAAGAGAUGCCAGGGCUGGACCCUAAUUUGAGAAGUGCAGUUUCCAUAGCAAGGCGUGUACAGGAUCCAUUAGCUGAACUAGUGAAAAUUGAGCCGAAGCACAUUGGAGUUGGAAUGUAUCAGCAUGAUGUAUCCCAGACAUUACUCAAGGCAACACUGGACAGUGUUGUAGAAGAAUGUGUCAGCUUUGUGGGAGUGGAUAUUAACAUCUGUUCAGAAGUUUUGUUAAGGCAUAUUGCAGGACUCAAUGCCAACAGAGCUAAAAAUAUUAUUGAAUGGCGAGAGAAAAACGGACCCUUUGUUAACCGAGAACAACUGAAGAAAGUGAAAGGGCUGGGUCCAAAAUCCUUCCAGCAGUGUGCUGGCUUCAUCAGAAUCAACCAGGAUUAUAUUCGAACAUUUUGCAGUCAGCAGACUCAAUCUUCAGGCCAAAUUCAAGGAGUUCCUGUGAUGUCUUCAGCAGGUGUUGAGGUCACAAAUGAGAAGCAGGGCAAAAAGAAGAACAAAACUACAGCAAAUGUUGUACUGAAGCCAGAUCCUUUGGACCAAACUUGUAUUCAUCCGGAAUCAUAUGACAUAGCAAUGAGGUUUUUAUCAUUCAUCAGAGGGACACCAUGUGAGAUUGGAAAGACUGAAAUGCAACAAAAAAUAAAUGCACUCGUUGACAAGGAAGGAAUAGAGAAAAUUGCAGAAGGAUUGAAAACAACAGUGUCUACCUUACAGGUCAUCAUAGAUGGUCUCAGCCAGCCUGAGAGCUUUGACUUUCGCACAGAUUUUGAUAAACCUGAUUUCAAGAGAAGCAUAGUCUGCCUAGAAGACCUACAAGUUGGGACAGUUCUUACAGGCAAAGUUGAGAAUGCCACUCUGUUUGGAAUUUUUGUGGAUAUAGGAGUGGGGAGAUCAGGGUUGAUUCCCAUACGAAAUGUAACAGAAGCAAAACUUUCUAAAACAAAGAAAAGAAGAAGUCUUGGACUGGGCCCUGGAGAAAGGGUGGAAGUUCAAGUACUCAACAUUGACAUCCCCCGAUCUAGGAUCACCCUGGACCUCAUUCGAGUGUUGUGAGUGUCCUAUUGAUGGCCAGUGCUGAUUUAUUUCCUCAUUUCUGCAGAUUGACAAGGAUAAAUCACAUGUUUAUGUUUAGAGAGAUAAGAAAGAAAUCACUAAAUAUCAGAAGCGUUUUCCAGACACUUAACCUUACUAUUCCCUCUGAAUAGAAAACUAACAAUUUGAUUUCUUCCCCCUCAAAGAAAAUGACCAAUAUACAUCCUUAUAUAGCUUUAUAUAAUAAUGUUUUCUGACCAAAAUUUUAUUUUUUACUCCUUUUACAGUUUUUAAGUUUUUACUUUAGGACUGGCCUUAUAGCCUAGUGAUUAAUAGAGCUGAAUCCCAUAUGGCUG